AUGGUGGAAGACAAAUACAUAGGCCUCUGCCUUGCAGUCUCGUCCUCUCUCGCCAUCGGCGCCAGUUUCGUCAUCACAAAAAAGGGCCUCAAUGCGUCCAUGGAGAAACACGGCUUCGACGGCGACGGCUACUCGUACCUGCGCAAUUCGACAUGGUGGGCCGGUAUCAUCACCAUGGUCCUCGGCGAGAUCUUCAACUUCGCCGCAUAUGCCUUUGCGCCCGCUAUUCUCGUCACCCCGCUCGGUGCGCUGAGUGUGCUUAUCGGCGCUGUCCUGGGGAGCUAUUUCCUCGAUGAGCAGCUGGGACUGUUGGGCAAGAUUGGUUGUGCUAUUUGCCUGAUUGGGAGUGUCAUCAUUGUGCUGCAUGCGCCGCCAGAUAAAGAAGUUUCGUCAGUGGACGAGAUCUUGAAUCUAGCACUUCAGCCAGGCUUCCUCAUCUACUGCCUCUUCGUCGCCAUCUUCUCCAUCUUUAUGAUUUACAAGAUCGCGCCCAAGCACGGCCGCAAGAACCCACUCAUUUACCUCUCCAUCUGCUCCACAACCGGCUCAGUCUCCAUCAUGUUCAUCAAGGCCUUCGGUAUUGCGUUGAAGAUGACAUUCGCGGGCAACAACCAAUUCACGCACCCUUCGACCUACGUCUUCGUCAUCAUGAUCGUAGGCUGCAUCCUCACGCAGAUGAACUACUUCAAUAAAGCCCUCAGCCAAUUCUCUACCAACAUUGUCAAUCCCCUCUACUAUGUAACCUUCACAACCUGCACCCUCAUCGCUUCGUGUCUCCUCUUCCAAGGCUUCAACACCACAUCUGUCGUAAACACCAUCUCGCUACUUUGCGGCUUCCUCAUCAUCUUCUCCGGCGUCUACCUGCUCAAUCUGUCCCGCGACGACCCCAACGGUAUCUCCAACUCAGGCAACACUCUCUCUGACGGCAUCCCUUCAGAUGCCAUCUCUGGGUUCCCGACAAGGCGUAGCAUGCAGGCAAGGAGGAGCCAGGAGCUGUAUCUGCAGAGCAACGUCAACGGGAGCUUUUCCGGACGCAGGAGCGUGGGCGGGGAAGGGGCAGGGCUUAUGCACGACUAUGAUGUGGAGAACCAGUUUGAGCUUGGGGAUCUCGCAGACAGCGAUGACGAAGACGGAAAGGGCAAGAGGGCCAGCUACGACGAGGAGGGCAGGCUGGGCGGCCGCGCAAGCAGCGGGAGUAACAUGCGCAGCCUGAGGGUCCAGAGGGAGAACGUGCAGCCGAAACGCACCUUGAGCCCACGAUAG